AAUCUCGAUUCUUGCCCUUUCUCUCUCUAGAAAAAAAUUGAUCAACCUAAGAUAAAACACCAGAGAAGCUCUGAGAGACAGAGACAGAGAGAGAGAGGAGAAAACAUCUAGAGGCGAGGAAGAAGAAGAACACCACCAUAAGCGAUGAAGCAGAGCUUGUCGGAGGCAGUGUCUUCGUCGUCUUCGUCGGCGGCGGACCAAUCACAGCCUGCGGUUUCUCCGUCUUCGUCGUCGGCGGAGAAACCGCUCUCAUCGUCUUCGAUAUCUCCGGCGGAGGACCUGCAGGUGGGAUCCUCGAGGGACGGAAGCGGAGGUGCGCAGGAGAUCGUGGCCGUCGAUCGGCGAGGGGAGUACGCCGCCUUGUGCCGAUGGACCGUCCAGAACUUCCCACGUGUUAAGGCCAAGGCAUUGUGGAGCAAGUAUUUCGAUGUCGGAGGCUACGAUUGCCGCCUCCUGGUUUACCCUAGGGGCGAUUCUCAGGCCCUUCCGGGUUAUAUCAGCAUCUAUCUCCAGAUCAUGGACCCUCGUGGAACGACGUCGUCUCGCUGGGACUGCUUCGCUAGUUACCGUCUCUCCAUCGUGAACCAUGUCGACGAUUCCUUGACCAUCCACAAGGAUUCGUGGCACAGAUUCUCCAGCAAGAAGAAAUCUCACGGCUGGUGUGAUUUCACCCUCAACUCUAAUGUAUUGGAUCCCAAGUUGGGCUUUCUGUUUAAUAACGAAUCCCUGCUGAUUACGGCUGAUAUCUUGAUCUUAAACGAGUCCGUAAGCUUUAGUCGUGAUCAUAACAAUGAUGGGCAGUCGUUGUAUAAGGAGAAUUCGAUAGCUGGGCCCGUGCCAGAUGUUUUGAGUGGCAAGUUCACUUGGAAGGUGCAUAAUUUUAGCUUGUUCAAGGAAAUGAUUAAGACCCAGAAGAUAAUGAGCCCUGUUUUUCCUGCUGGUGAGUGUAAUUUGAGGAUUAGUGUGUACCAGAGCGUGGUUAAUGGGCAAGAGUAUUUGUCCAUGUGUCUGGAGAGCAAAGACACCGAGAAGACGGUGGUCUCUGACAGGAGUUGCUGGUGUUUGUUUAGAAUGUCAGUGUUGAACCAGAAACCUGGGUGCACUCAUGUGCAUAGAGAUUCAUAUGGGAGGUUUGCUGCUGAUAACAAGAGUGGGGACAAUACAAGCUUGGGCUGGAAUGAUUAUAUGAAGAUGUCUGAUUUUGUGAACUCAGAAGCUGGGUAUUUAGUGGAUGAUACGGCUGUGUUUACCACCUCGUUUCAUGUUAUCAAAGAACUCAGCUGCUUCACUAAGAAUGCAGGUUUGAUUGGGGGAAGGAAUGGGAAUGGAGCCAGGAAGUCAGAUGGGCACAUGGGAAAAUUCAGCUGGAGAAUUGAAAAUUUCACUAGGUUGAAGGAUCUUCUGAAAAAAAGGAAGAUAACGGGUCUUUGCAUCAAAAGUAAAAGGUUUCAAAUUGGGAACCGGGAUUGUCGACUCAUUGUUUAUCCCCGAGGUCAGUCCCAGCCACCAUGUCAUCUUUCAGUGUUUCUCGAAGUAACAGAUUCACGAAAUACUAGUGAUUGGAGCUGUUUUGUUAGCCACCGGCUGUCAGUUGUGAAUCAGAGGAUGGAGGAAAAAUCUGUGACUAAGGAGUCUCAGAAUCGCUACUCAAAAGCUGCAAAGGAUUGGGGUUGGCGUGAAUUUGUGACGCUUACAAGUCUGUUUGAUCAAGACUCUGGAUUUCUAGUUCAAGAUACUGUGCUAUUCUCAGCUGAGGUUCUUAUUCUGAAAGAGACAUCUAUAAUAAAGGACUUCAUAGAUACUGAAUCUGCUAAUUCAGCUUCCCAGAUCGAUAAUGGCGGGAAAAAAUGUUCAUUUACAUGGAAAGUGGAGAAUUUCUUGGCCUUUAAAGAAAUAAUGGAAACUCGAAAGAUCUUUAGCAAAUUUUUUCAGGCUGGCGGAUGUGAACUUCGGAUUGGUGUGUAUGAGUCCUUUGAUACCAUUUGCAUUUAUCUAGAGAGUGACCAGUCUGCGGGUAUCGAUGCGGAUAAGAAUUUCUGGGUUAGAUACAAGAUGGGUAUUCUAAAUCAAAAGAAUCCAGCUAAAAGCGUGUGGAAGGAGUCAUCGAUUUGUACCAAGACAUGGAACAAUUCUGUCUUGCAAUUUAUGAAAGUGUCAGAUAUGUUGGAGGCUGAUGCAGGGUUUCUGUUGCGUGACACUGUUGUUUUUGUGUGUGAAAUAUUGGAUUGUUGCCCUUGGUUUGAGUUUUCAGACUUAGAGGUCUUGGCUUCAGAUGAUGAUCAGGAUGCCUUAACUACUGAUCCCGAUGAGCCAAUUGAUUCGGAGGACAGUGAAGGAAUAAGUGGAGACGAGGAAGAUACAUUCCGCGAUUUUCUUUCCAGAGCUGGAUUCCAUCUAUCAUAUGGGGAGAACCCUUCACAGCCACAAGUAACUCUUCGAGAGAAGCUUCUAAUGGAUGCAGGUGCAAUUGCUGGUUUUCUGACUGGAUUGCGUGUAUAUCUUGAUGAUCCUACUAAAGUAAAGCGCUUACUUCUUCCGACUAAAGUAUCCAAUAAUGAUAGAAGCAAGCUAACAAACAGUGAUGAAUCUUCACCUAGCCUGAUGAAUUUGUUGAUGGGUGUCAAAGUUCUGCAGCAAGCGAUUAUCGAUUUACUGCUAGAUAUAAUGGUUGAGUGUUGCCAACCAUCAGAGGAAGGUUCUCAUUGUGAACCUUCUGCAAUGUACCCGAAAAGUGAUGGUUGUGAAGCUGCAGCUCCAUUGGAAUCAACGAGGGAAAAUGGAGCAACAGCGGCUCCAUCCCAACAUCCUAUUGAGGAGAGAUUUGGUUCUGGUAUAGAUGAUAGUCUCAGUACCUCAGCUGUACAAAGCUCUGAGAUGAGCGGCAUUGAUAUGCUAGAGAAAGCCCUGGCCAUAGAGCCCCUUUACCCCCGAGAGACAUAUGGGCAGUCUUCUGAAAAUGCUUCACUCCAAUCAAAGACAAAAUGGCCAGAGCAAUCUGAAGAGCUCUUGGGACUGAUCGUGAACUCGUUAAGAGCACUUGACGGGGCUGUUCCUCAAGGUUGUCCUGAGCCAAGGAGGCGACCACACUCUGCUCAAAAGAUCACUCUUGUAUUAGACAAAGCCCCCAAACAUCUUCAACCAGAUCUUGUGAGUUUGGUUCCCAAAUUGGUUGAGCAUUCGGAGCAUCCGCAGGCCGCUUGUUCGCUUAUUGAACGGCUUCAGAAGCCUGAAGCUGAAUCAGCAUUGCGUGUGCCAGUAUUCAAUGCUCUGAGCCAGUUGGAGUGUGACAGUGAAGUGUGGGAGCGCAUUCUAUUCCAGUCAUUUGAGCUUUUGAGAGACUCAAAUGAGGAGUAUCUUGUGGCCACCAUUGAUUUUAUAUUUAAAACGGCCUCUCAGUGUGAACACCUCCCUGAAGCUGUGAGAUCCGUCCGUGAACGGCUGAAAAGCCUGGGUGCAGAUGUAUCUCCUUGUGUCCUUGAAUACUUAAGUAAAACUGUGCAUAGCUGGGGAGAUAUUGCUGAAAUGAUAUUGAAAGAUAUUGAUCGUGAUGACAGUUUUGGUGGAGAUUCUAUGCCAUUGCCCUGCGGGGGGCUCUUUCUGUUUGGUGAAAAUGGGUCUAAUAGCUCGGAAAUGUCUCAUUUGAUGGAUGAGCAAUCCCUUCAUUCUAACCGUCCCUUCUUCGAUGUGUUCAUCCUGUUGGAUAUGUUGUCCAUAUCCUGCCUAGCCGUGGAUGCAUCUCAAACUUUCGAGAGAGCUGUGGCUCGGGGGUUGAGGGGAUUGAUUGUUCCUCAGUCUGUCGCCAUGGUCCUGGAUAAACGUCGUGUUCAGAGGUCAAAUCUGAAUUCUACAACUGGGGAAUCGUCUUUUCCCCAUCAAGAUCCUGUAUUAGAGGGAGAAGCUUUCGAGCAAUCCACGGCCGGGGCAAUGGAGUUCAUGACGAUUCUUGGUCUUGCCGAGACAUUGGCUCACUCUUCCGAGUUUGUCAAAACGCUCUACACGAUAUUGUUGAAAUGGUUUCCUGAUGAGUCUUGUAGGGGGCGGAUGCUGAAGAGACUUGUAGAUCGGUUCACCAGCUCUACGGGUAGUACCAGCCAUCAUGACUUAGACAUCGAGUUGGAGAUUCUGGUGAUUCUGAUUUGUCAGCAGCAAGAGGUAGUCAGACCCGUCUUAACGAUGUUGAAAGAAGUCGUGGAACUUGCGAAUGUUGAUCGAGCAGCUCUGUGGCACCAGUUAUGUGUGAACGAGGAAGAACUCAUUCGCACGAGGGAAGAAAGGAAGAUCGAGAUUCAGAAUAUGGCAAAGGAGAAAGCCGCUUUCACGCAAAAAAUAAGUGAUUCCGAGGCUGCAAAUACCCGCCUCAAGUCUGAUAUGAAGGCGGAGAUGGAUCGUUUUGCCCGGGAAAAGAAGGAGCUGUCUGAACAGGUCCGUGUUAUAGAGAGCCAGCUGGAGUGGAUUCGCUCAGAACGCGAAGACGAGAUAGCCAAGCUCUCAGCUGAGAAGAAGGCUCUUUCCGAUCGCCUUCACGAGGCAGAGACACAACUUGGUCUGCUUAAAACCCGGAAACGAGAUGAACUGAAGAGGGUGAUGAAGGAGAAAAACGCUCUGGCCGAGAGGUUAAAGAGUGCAGAGGCAGCUCGGAAAAGAUUCGAUGAAGAACUGAAACGAUAUGCCACGGAGAACGUGACCCGGGAAGAAGUCCGAAAAUCGCUCGAGGACGAGAUUAGGAGACUGACGCAGACGGUAGGGCAGACGGAAGGAGAGAAACGGGAGAAGGAAGAUCAGAUUGCUCGGUGUGAAGCAUACAUCGAUGGCAUGGAAUCCAAACUGCAAGCUUGCCAGCAAUACAUCCACUCGUUAGAAUCAUCGCUUCGGGAGGAAAUCUCGAGACACGCACCCUUAUACGGGGCAAACUUGGAGAGCCUAUCGAUGAAGGAGUUGGAGACGAUAGCUCGGAUUCACGAAGAAGGGCUAAGGCAAAUCCACGCGCUUCAGCAACGGAAGGGAAACCCGUUACCGCACGGGCUUCCCCACAGCCACGGGCUCUACCCGAGCUCCAUGACGGCCCCCCCUCAACUACCCUCGGUGGCAAUCGGUUUGCCGCCUCAGCUGAUCCAGAACGGUUCGGUGGUUCAUUCGAAUGGGCACGUGAAUGGUUCGAUAGGGCCACCAUGGUUUAGCCACCAGACCUGAAAAGGUAGUUAGGAGAGAUUUUAACCUUGAAAGAAAUGGCCUCCGAGCUUGUAAGAGGUAAUCAUAAUAUCCCUGUUUCCCUUCACAUUGUUUUUUCUUUUUGGUUUAUGAGAAGUCGCAGGGCUUUGUUGGCCGCUAGUACCAUUGGGGGUUGGAAUAAACAUAUGAGUUUCUUAGUGGAAGAAGAAAAGGGUGUUGUAAAAGCUGAAAGAUUAUCCAUUAAUCCAAUGGAACUAACUGUUGCUUCUCU